AAGCGCCGGAAACGUGCUUGCGAACGCUGAUGUGUUACUUUGCUUUGGAAGUAUAUAGGAAUUAUAUAGUAGAUGUUUGGUUUUGAAGACCAGACUUUAUAAAGUAGAUACAAUUAGUCUAUUUAGAUGCCUAAAAGAAGAGGCGUUAUAAGGUGGUGAAAAAAAGCCCCAGCAGUAAAAGAAGGAUAACUCAGGGGAGAUGGCGCCAAAAGGAAAAGUUGGAGGAAAAGUUGGAACCAAAGGCAAAAAACAAAUCCACGACGAAAACCAGGAUACUCUGAAGUUCUAUUGCAGGAUUAUACUGGGAGCAAACGCUAUUUAUGCAGCAGUCAAUCUCGUGCUCUUUUACAACACAUCUACAUUUUGGACAUGGUUUUUUCUACUGUUUGCAUUGGUGGUCUAUGUUGGCAGCUACAAAUCUAUGUCAGCAAUGGCCAAAGCUGCAUUUGCUGAUGAUGAUAGCCUGCUGGAUGGAGGGAUAGAUCUUAAUAUGGAACAAGGCUUGGCAGAGCACCUCAAGGAUGUGAUUCUUCUUACUGCUAUUGUUCAGGUCCUCAGCGCUCUGUCAUCCUACUUCUGGUACCUCUGGCUCCUGGCACCAGCAAGGGCUUUGCAUUUAUUAUGGGCGAACUUCCUGGGUCCUUGGUUUUCUGCUGAUUCACAACCAGUCCCUGAAGAGAACGAGAAAAAUGAUAAGAAACAGAGGCGACAGGAAAGACGUCAGAUGAAGAGAUUCUAGACUUGUCCACAUUUAAUUGUUUUUACAUUUAUUGUACAAUAAGAAAACACAUAAUCUAAAUGAUUCUGAUACAUUUUAUAUGACAGAUUAGUCCAGACCAGUGGUUCCCAACCCUGUUCCUGGAGCCCCUAACAUGACACAUUUUGAAUAUCUACCAUUUCUGACACACCAAUUCAAGUCUUGGAGUCUCCAAAAUGUGUAGUGUUGGGGGGUUGGGAACCACUGGUGCAGACAAUAGAUGGGCACUUUGAAGUGUCUUCUGCUUUUUCAGCUCCCAGUUCUCAUCUACUGUUACGUCCUUAUCAGCUUUUUGGCCAGUCUCGAACUUUCUUGCUCAGGUGUACCUCGGUCAUAUCUGCCUGUUGACUGGGUUUCCAGAUGUGUUUUUUGUUUCCUUUGUGUGUGUGUGUGUGUGUGUGUGUGUUUAAGUCACACAAAUGCCUUUGCUUGCUAUAGUGAGCUACUAUUACCAUGAGAUCCAUUUGUCAAUUGCAGGUAUAGCUGUUGGUGCAGCAGACAACUACUUCGCAUGUUGCUCUCAGCUAUUUUGACCUGAGUUUGUACGAGGAACAAAGUUCAACCACCAACAAGUUACACCGCACUUCAGUUUUGCUUUCCAGUUUAGUCCUUGGAAAAAUUGUUGCUUUGAAUAUUAGGUUGCAGUAUAAUUCUUUAUCAGAGGUGAUUUAUAUUUGUAUAGCUUAUUGUCUGUGAUGUGGUGUGCAGCCUGGUGCUGCCUUGAGGGAAUAAUGCAGAAAUGAAAGAUAGUUAUGCACAUGUGAGAGUAUAAAGGACUUUAUCUUUAUCUAUUUUUUUUUUUAACUGGUCUAGUGAAACUGUACUGCUUUGUAUCUUUUGGGUGGGAUAGUAUGGGUAUAGGACAACUUCCAUGUGACAUUGCAAUGUUGACUGGCCGAAAACGAGUUUAACAUUUCAUUGGACUAAAAUUUUUUUUCUGAUCAAUAAGACAUCUCACAAUUUGGUAAACGUGAGCAUACCCAAUAAUA